AUGAACGCACAGGGUAUAAAAAGCAGCGGCUACUUUCUGCCAACUCUCACAUUGGUUCCCCAACAAGCACUAUCAAAGAACAACAUGUUUUCACGAAUUGUUCAAGCGGUUGCCCCGAAACCAAGGCUUAUGGUUAUCGCCGCUGCGAGCCGCUUUCCGGCAUUCCCAGCAGCAUUAUAUCACCACAGCCGCGAAAUCAAGGUGCCAGGAUCAGACAAAGACUCACAAACCGCAUCUUCAGCAUCGGCCAGUGUCCCUCCUCCACCUGGUGACGCUACUGAAAAUUUCUUUCCACACUUUGAAUCCGAUGCCUCUGCGCCGCUGACAAGCAAACCUACUCCAUCACGAAUCACCAAGGUCGCCAACGAGUCGUCGACAACAGUAGAGGAUCUCAUUAGUCUGCCCGCUGAUAAAAUACGCGAAAUGGCUGGAUGUGAUAGCAAAUCCACAUCUGCGACCCUGUCUUUCGAUGAUUCCAUGCGCAUUGUGAGUGAGUUUGAGCGUGAGGCAUAUGCACCAAAGAGCACAAGCGCGCAAGGUCCUGAAUUACUUGGCUUGCAUGAGAGAGAAUUUCAAGAAGGGAGGGUGGCGGAUGUGAGCGAUAGCGCUGAAGUGGACCCUAGGACCGUCCUGGUGAUGAAGAAGGAGAUGGAGGACAUGGCUGGUGGUGCAAGGGGGCGAAGCGACAGCGCUAUUCCGGAGGGAGGAGUGCGCCCAGUGCAUCCGUUUGUGAGCGCAAACGAAAAGAGAAGUGCAAAGCUGGUCGGUCGACAAGAAGCGGAACAUGCACAACAUGAUGACGACUCACCGCGGCAUUUUGUAAAAAAGGCACAAAGAGCCAAAACGGUCAUGCCUGUAGAUCCCUCGACGCAAUUUGUGGAGCUUGGCAAGGGCAAUUAAGGGUAGCCGAGAUAUAAAUUAUUUUCGUGAACCUAUGUUGAUAAUGUAAUAUAUGCUCCCUAACUGUAUACAUCCUAUCCAAUCCUUCCAACAAGAUGGUCGCUAAUGCUCGUAAACCGCUGCUGAUCACUUAAUCCAUGACUGCCAAGUCUAGCAACGUCAUCAAAUGUCU